UUGCUUCUUUCUUAGAAGGUAAAGGAAAAAGGAGAAAUCCUCUUCAUGACUAUAAAAAAACAGGCGAGUUGAUGCUCAUCAAAGUAAACAAAACACUGGAAGUUAAAACCAAGCUGUUAAAUACCACUGAGCAGUGUGCCAAGAGAUGCAGCAGGAACAAAGGCCUUUCAUUCACUUGCAAGGCCUUUGCUUAUGACAGAGUUACAAAACGGUGCCAUUGGUUAUCCUUCAACAGCUUGACAAAUGGUGUGAGAAAGAAGCAAGACCAUGCGUUUGAUCUGUUUGAAAAGAAGGACUAUGUCAGAAACUGUAUAAUUGGAAAAGGAGCUGAGUACAAAGGAACAAUAUCUAUUACCAAAAGUGGUAUUCAGUGUCAGGCCUGGAAUUCAAUGAUCCCCCAUGAGCACAGCUUUUUGCCUUCGAGCUAUCGGGGUAAAGACCUGCGGGAAAACUACUGCCGAAACCCCCGAGGGGAAGAGGGAGGGCCAUGGUGUUUCACCACCAGCCCAGAGAUGCGCCAUGAAGUCUGCGACAUCCCCCUCUGCUCCGAAGUUGAAUGCAUGACCUGCAAUGGAGAGAGUUACAGAGGGCCAAUGGAUCAUACUGAGUCAGGCAAGGAGUGUCAGCGCUGGGACCUUCAGAGACCACACAAACACAAAUUUCGUCCAGAGAGAUAUCCUGACAAGGGCUUUGAUGAUAAUUACUGCCGCAAUCCUGAUGGCAAGCUGAGACCAUGGUGCUACACUCUUGACCCUAACACCCCCUGGGAGUUUUGUGCGAUUAAAACCUGUGAUGUUGGCAUUCUGAACAGCACAGAGGCAGUGGCUGAGACAACAACAUGCAUCCAGGGUCAGGGAGAGGGCUACCGUGGCACAGUCAACACCAUAUGGAGUGGGAUCCAGUGCCAACGGUGGGACUCCCAGUUUCCUCAUCAGCACAACAUCACUCCUGAGAGCUUCAAGUGCAAAGAUUUGAGGGAGAACUACUGUCGAAAUCCAGAUGGAUCUGAAUCACCCUGGUGUUUUACUACUGACCCAAACAUCCGGAUUGGUUAUUGCUCCCAGAUUCCUAAGUGUGAUGAAUCAAAUGAACAAGAUUGUUAUCGUGGCAAUGGAAGGAAUUACAUGGGGAAUCUGUCCAAGACAAGAUUUGGACUAACUUGCUCCACAUGGGACAAGAAUAUUGAAGACUUGCGUAGGUGA